AUGAGCGCUCGUCGACGGCAUUCCCAGCAGAAGCCCGAGGCGGCGCCUCGAGCCUCUCUUCCGUCCUUUUCGCCCUCGAAUAUUUCUUCUCUGUUCGCUCCUCGGGGCGGGAGCAUGGACGGAGGACGACGCGGCAAGAGACGAGGCAGAGAAGAAGACGGCAACGGGCACUGGAAGAGAACGAGAGGCGCCCGGGGAGCACGGCCGAACUUUCCCGAUGAGGAUGAACAAGCUGGGAGCGACGUCGACGAACACGUGUCGAGCGAUGAAGACCGAGAGGCCAGCGGGAAGUCCUUUGGCGGGUCCAGUCAAAACGGGGAGGAGGAAGGUGGUUUUGGGCACGAACAAGAGCUGGCGGAGGAUUUGAACAAGUCGAAGAAGGCCGUGUUGAGUCGCAAGCGACGUCGCCACGAAGAGCGGCGCCAGAAGAAGCAGAUGCAGCAGAAACAGCAGCAACUGUGGAAACUGGAGAGGCAAAAGGCGCUCCUCGAGCGACAGCUCGACAGACAGAAAGCGGCGCUUUCUGGGCGCCAAUCGGAGCCGGGCGACGCCCGCGUCCCGGAAGACCCCCGCGCGGCCUCGGGUGUACGUACUCUCCGCCGCGUACACCAAGCGUCGUCUGAAGAAGCGAGUAGUCGUCCACCGGCACGCGAGUCUGCUUCUGCCGCGAAGAAGAUGUCUUCUCUCGACGUUCGCGGCAGUGUGCAGUCUGUUCUUCUUGCACGGGGCAGGGCGGCUCAAGGCAGGGAAGGCGACGCGUCUCUUCCUGCCGUGUCGUCCUCGUCCUCGUCUGAGAAGGAUCGGAAAGCGGAGGAACGGCGCAUCGCCCUCGACGCUGCAGGGCGUCAGCUGGACGCCGAGUUGGCCUUUCUAGAGGCGAAGUUGGGGAUCAGCGCGGUGAGCCAGAAGGACGGCGAAAAGGGGAAAAAGAAGCUGGCCAAAGAACUCCUGGACGAUGGAUUCGACGAAGACCUCCAAACGCUGCUCGACGACAUCCUCGGCGGGAAGGCCACAAAGACACGCACAGGAGAAAACAAAAACGAUGAAGCCGAGGAAGAAGACGAGGAAGGCGACGAAGAAGAGGAAGAAGAGGAAGACGAGGAAGAAGACGAGGAUGAGGAAGAUGAGGAAGAGGAAGACGAGGAAGAGGAAGAUGAGGAAGAGGAAGACGAGGAAGGUGACGAAGAGGAGGAAGAUGCGGAAGAUGAAGACGAGGAAGAGGAAAAUGCGAAAGAUGAAGACGAGGAAGCAGAUGAACUGGAUGAAGAUGACGAGGAAGUUGAAGGCCGUGGUGAAGAUGAAAAUGGAGAGGGUGACGAUGAGACUUCGAUGGGCGGUUCUCGUUUGGCGCGAGAGAAUUCGGACGUGAAAGCGGGGGCGCCUUCGGCAGCUUCUGCGGGGAAAUAUCUUCCUCCUCACCUUCGGAACAAACACGUGGCGCGAGGAGCUGACGAUGCCGAGGAGGACAGAGAUCAGGUCGCGGGGGAAUCUUUUGAUGAGUCUCUGAGACGGCCUCUUCGCACCUCUCCGAUUUCUCCCGAUACGCCCGAGAACAAGCGGCCUGCGUCGGUGUCUGCUUCAGUUCCUCUGUCGUGUCUUCGAAAGGCGCGAGAAACGGCGACCGACGCAGGGCGAAGCCUCACGCAGCGCCUUCGAGGCUCCUUCAAUCGCGUCUCUGAGGGAAAUGUCGAAGUGAUUCUUCAGCAGAUCUCCUCAGACGUUAAAGCUGCUCUGACGCAAGUUCUCUCCAGUGCUCUCCCUCAGCCGUCCUCGGCGAGCUCGCCUCUGAAUCCCCGAGACGUGCGGGCGUUGCGGCGCGAGCAAGAGGUCUGGUUUUUUCGGGAGGUGAACGCGUCAGUUGUUCGGCUUCUCAUGCAGAGCGUCGUCGAAAGCAAAUUUUCGACGGCGUCUCUCAUCGCCACGCAAACCGCUGUGUGCUGCGGGCUGAGCUGUCUCCUCGAUGCCAGUCUCUGUCCCGAGUUCCUCUCCGCGCUCGGUCGUGCCUUUCGCAAAUUCUUUCCUCUCUCGGCUUCUCUCUCCUCGGCCGAGCCCCGCGAGGAGAGCGGAGCGUCCGUUGGGCUGUACAUCCGCCACAUUUUGAUGGCGCUUUGCUUCCUCUUUGAUUUCAACGUCUUCCGGCCGGACGUCUUCCUCGGUCUCCUGCAGCGGCUGUCUUCGCCACAAACCAGUGCGAAGGGCGAGACGGGCCAGGACGCGAGAAAAGGCAACCUUUCCGAGUUUCAGGUUGAGUGCCUGCUGCUGGUUCUUCGUCUCGGGGGCGGAAAACUGAGGAACGAGAAUCCCGCUCUGUUCAAAGAAGCCUGGACGUUUCUGAUGAAGCGCGUGCGGGACGGCGAAGGCUCCGAAGAGGUGCCGAGGGACCCGAGCCACGAACAAGAACAGCAGUUCGACGACCUUUCGCGAGACGAGCAGAGAGCGCGCCUCGCUGGUGUGCCGACAAACUUCCAGGCGGAAAUGCGCCACAGACGGGAAAGCGAGCGCGCAGGAUCCACAGGUCGCCUCCACUAUCUGGUCCGUGAACUGGAGGAGUUGAAGAACAACAAAGCCAGCACGAUUCAUCUCGCUUCUCGGGCCUCGCAAGAAGCGAUGCGCCGCUGGCUACAGACCAGCCCUUUUCUGGCGCAGUCGCCGCUUCGCCAGUGCGGAGGAGACGGGAAGGCUGUCCUCGUCAAUGCGUCCUCGUGGGAAGAAGUCGAGCAAGGCCUUCCUGCGUCUUCGCCGUCGCUUGCGGCUGUCUCUGCGUCUCUUCGUUCCGUUGGGUCCUCUCGCAAAACUCUCGGCGGCGUUGACGAAGAAAGAAAAACCUGUUUAGGCACUGCGGGGAACGAGAAGGCUCUUCUGGACCUCGCAACAAAGCUGCGUUUGCAUUCGGAGGAACAGAAGAAGAUUUUUUUGGCUGUCAUGAGUGCGGAGGGGCCCAACGACGCUGUCAAGCGCCUCCUCCAGAUUGUGCCGCAAACCAAACAAAAGAAGAACUUCGUCACCACGGCAGUCGCAGUGCUGCUGCACGUUUCUUUGCAGCAGGCUGCCUUCAAUCCCUUCUACGCGUUGGUCCUCGCGCGUCUCUGUUCGCGGUGUUCCUGUGCGUCAUGGCAGUCAGAUGAGGAGGCGAAGCCUGAGAACCUUCUUCCCUCGCCUUUUCCGCCGCUCGGAGGAGCGAAAGGCGAGGGUAGAAUCCGCGAGCGCGCUCCGUGCGCCUGUCUCCUCCUUCCCGAAAAAGAAGGGAAAAACUUUAGACGCGUCACGCAGCGGGGCGUCGCGGCGCAGAACUCGGCAUCUCAUGGAUUCCCCUUGCGGCGCCUCCUUCACCUCGCGAGGCUCGAGGCGUUUCUGAUUCGCAUCGGCGUCGUUGAGCUCCGCGUCACACGCUUCAUCAGUUUCGAAGGCGAGAAGGGCCAGGCAGACGCCCACAUGGGUCUCUCGGGGAAACUCGGAUUCUUCCUGCGAGAGCUGUGCGUGGAGCUUCUGUGUUCUCCUCCGUUCGCAUCCGUCCCUCUGCCCGCGCCUCCUUCCCCGUCUUCUCCCCUCCUGCCUUUCCUCUCGCUAUCGGCUCUUCCCGAUGUUCGCGAAGCGUUUCUUGUCGUUUUGGAGGACGUCCUGCUACCGGAGGCGAAAAAGGGAGCGCGCAAGGGGAAGACGAAAGGAGGCAAAACGAGCCUCGUGGCAGAGUGCACACCGGGGAGAAAAGGGAAGUGCAGCCGAGUCUCCGGGGCUGUAUGUACACCCGUUUGCGGGCUGCGCAAGGAAGUGAUCAACCGCGUCAUUUGGUUUAUGAAGAAACAGAAGCGAUACGAAGAGGAGGAUCCAAACACCAUCACUUUUGAGGAGUAA